GAGGGCAGGGAGUGGGCCGAGCUGGUCGCGCGUGCCGGGAACUGAUCGACCGGCCGAUUGAUCCCUCGGCGGGCAGCCUCGUAAAGGGCGGGAGAGACUCGCCGAGGCGUCACACGCCAGCGGGCAGGGCUCGCGACGAGGGGGCGGAGCCUGAUUCUCGCCUUGCGCCGCGGCUGGAGGCGCGGGCGGGAGCCGCUGGCCGAGGUGAAGAGGCGCUGCCUAGGCGAGGCAGGGCGCAGCGGGCGAGGAAGCGGGCUUGCCCCCGGGACGCCGGCUGUACGGCUGACAGAUGAUUGGCAUCAGAAAUCUGAGUUCAGGAAUGAAUGCUUGGACCUAAUGUAAAAGAAACUGGCCUUAAAAGUGAGAACAUUUCAGAGAAUCUCAUAAUUAAAUUACGUCAGAAAUUCAAUCAUGUAUGGAAGUGCUCGGUCAGUUGGGAAAAUUGAGCCAAGUAGCCAGAGCCCUGGGCGUUCACCAAGGCUGCCACGUUCACCGCGAUUGGGCCAUCGUCGAACCAACAGCACAGGAGGCAGCUCUGGAGGUAGUACUGGAGGUGGAAGUGGUAAGACACUGUCAAUGGAAAAUAUCCAAUCCUUAAAUGCUGCCUAUGCCACGUCAAGCCCUAUGUACCUAAGUGAACAUGAAAACGUGGGUGCAGACACACCUAAAAGCACCAUGACCCUUGGCCGCUCUGGGGGUCGCUUGCCUUAUGGUGUUAGGAUGACCGCAAUGGGCAGCAGCCCCAACAUUGCCAGUAGCGGGGUUGCCAGCGAUACUAUUGCAUUCGGAGAACAUCAUCUUCCUCCUGUGAGUAUGGCUUCUACAGUGCCUCAUUCACUACGCCAAGCUAGGGACAACACAAUCAUGGACCUGCAGACCCAACUAAAGGAAGUGCUCCGGGAAAAUGAUAUAUUGCGAAAGGAUGUAGAAGUGAAAGAAAGCAAACUUAGCUCCUCCAUGAACAGCAUCAAGACAUUCUGGAGUCCUGAGCUGAAGAAAGAAAGGGCUCUGAGGAAAGACGAAGCAUCCAAAAUCACGAUUUGGAAAGAACAGUAUCGGGUGGUUCAGGAAGAAAAUCAGCAUAUGCAGAUGACUAUUCAAGCUCUUCAGGAUGAGCUUAGGAUCCAGAGGGACCUGAACCAACUUUUCCAGCAAGACACCAGCAGUAGAUCCAGUGAACCGUUUCUUACAGAACUUACAGAAGAAAACUUCCAACGGCUUCAUGCAGAGCAUGAGCGUCAAGCCAAGGAACUCUUUUUGCUACGCAAAACCCUGGAAGAAAUGGAGUUACGCAUCGAGACUCAGAAACAGACUUUAAAUGCUCGUGAUGAGUCAAUUAAAAAGUUGCUGGAAAUGCUGCAGAGCAAGGGAUUGUCUGCAAAAGCCACCGAGGAAGAUCAUGAACGGACCAGAAGGUUGGCAGAGGCUGAAAUGCAUGUUCAUCACCUGGAAACCUUACUAGAGCAAAAGGAAAAGGAGAACAGCUUGCUCAGAGAAGAGAUGCACCGUCGUUUUGAAAAUGCUCCUGAUUCUGCCAAAACUAAAGCUUUACAGACUGUUAUAGAGAUGAAGGAUUCUAAAAUUUCUUCUAUGGAACGUGGACUCCGAGACUUGGAAGAGGAAAUCCAGAUGUUAAAGUCAAAUGGUGCACUCAGCACAGAGGAACGUGAAGAAGAAAUUAAACAAAUGGAGGUGUAUCGUAGCCAUUCCAAAUUUAUGAAAAACAAGGUAGAGCAACUGAAGGAAGAGCUAAAUACCAAAGAGGUUCAAGGGGAGGAACUGAAAAAAAAAGUGACUGAUCUCCAGACAGAGGUCUCUGCCAUUGGUCAAGUAAAACAGGAACUAUCCCGGAAAGAUACAGAGUUGCUGGCUUUACAGACAAAAUUGGAAACCCUCACAAACCAGUUUUCUGAUAGCAAGCAACAUAUUGAUGUACUCAAGGAAUCCCUUACAGCAAAAGAACAGAGAGCUGCCAUCCUGCAAACAGAGGUAGAUGCACUUCGGUUACGCCUGGAAGAGAAGGAGGCAAUGUUGAAUAAAAAGACGAAGCAAAUUCAAGAGAUGGCUGAAGAGAAGGGAACUCAAGCUGGAGAGAUUCAUGAUCUCAAGGAUAUGCUUGAUGUGAAAGAACGCAAGGUUAACAUUCUUCAAAAAAAGAUUGAAAAUCUUCAGGAGCAACUAAGAGACAAAGAGAAACAAAUGAGCAGUUUGAAAGAAAGAGUAAAAUCCUUGCAAGCGGAUACCACCAACACCGAUACAGCCUUGACCACGCUAGAGGAAGCACUUGCAGAAAAGGAGCGCACUAUUGAGCGUCUCAAGGAGCAGCGUGACAGAGAUGAGCGAGAAAAACAAGAGGAGAUUGACAACUAUAAAAAAGAUAUGAAAGACCUUAAAGAGAAAGUCAGCGUCUUGCAAGCAGAUCUUUCAGAAAAGGAGACUACACUCCUGGAUUUGAAGGAACACGCCUCAUCAUUAGCAUCAGCAGGACUGAAAAAAGACUCUAGAUUGAAAACAUUAGAAAUUGCUUUGGAGCAAAAGAAGGAAGAAUGCCUGAAAUUUGACUCUCAGCUGAAAAAGGCUUACGAAGCAACCAUUGAGGCCAGGGCCAAUCCAGAGAUGAAUGAUAGAUUUCAACAGUUCGAAAAAGAGGCGGCCCAAUAUCGAGAAGAGUCUACCAAGGCUCAAGCUGAAGUUGAUCGCCUGCUGGAAAUCCUAAAAGAGAUGGAAAAUGAGAAGAAUGAUAAAGAUAAGAGGAUAGCUGAACUGGAAAGGCAAAUUAAAGAUCAGAAUAAGAAGGUAGCAAAUUUAAAGCACAAAGAACAGGUGGAGAAGAAAAAGAGUGCACAAAUGUUGGAAGAAGCAAGGAGGCGGGAAGACAAUCUUAAUGACAGUUCCCAGCAGUUGCAGGAUAGUUUGCAUAAGAAGGAUGAUCGAAUUGAGGAGCUAGAAGAAGCACUGAGAGAGAGUGUACAAAUAACUGCAGAACGGGAAAUGGUAUUAGCUCAAGAAGAAUCAGCCAGGACACAAGCUGAAAAACAGGUAGAAGAGUUGAUGAUGGCUAUGGAGAAAGUAAAACAAGAACUGGAAUCUAUGAAAGCAAAGCUGUCCUCUACUCAGCAGUCUCUGGCUGAGAAGGAAACCCAUUUAACCAACUUGCGGGCUGAGCGGAGGAAGCACUUGGAGGAGGUGCUAGAGAUGAAACAAGAAGCCCUUCUAGCUGCCAUUAGUGAAAAAGAUGCCAACAUUGCUCUCCUGGAGCUUUCGUCCUCUAAGAAAAAAACUCAAGAGGAAGUCGCUGGAUUAAAACGUGAAAAAGACCGCUUGGUUCAGCAGCUGAAACAACAGACUCAGAAUCGCAUGAAACUGAUGGCAGAUAAUUAUGAAGAUGAUAAUCUGAAAUCAUCUCAUUUCAAUCAAACUAAUCAUAAGCCCUCCCCAGACCAGGUAAUUCAGCCUCUUUUAGACCUUGAUCAGAAUCGUAGCAAGUUGAAGUUAUAUAUUGGACACUUGACAGCCCUAUGCCAUGAUCGGGACCCUCUGAUUCUCCGUGGACUCACUCCUCCCACAUCGUAUCACCUGGAUGAUGAUCGUGCAGCUUGGGAGAAGGAGCUGCAGAAGAUGACUCUGGAGCAGCUUCAUGACGAGCUGGAAAAGGCUGAGAAGGAUAGCGCAGAGCUACAAGAGUUUGCAAAUGCCAUUCUCCAGCAGAUAGCCGAUCACUGCCCAGACAUCCUGGAGCAAGUUGUCAAUGCACUUGAGGAAUCAUCUUGACUGAAGCCAGCACUACUUCUCCACAGCAGCCUGUCAAAGGGUCAGGCCCUCCCAGUACAAGGAGUCAUGAGAAUAAUAAAGCAUAUGAAAAAGGGAGGAGGGAAAACUCUUGGUGCACCUUUUUAUAAACAAAUGAACAUAAACUGGUAAUUCCUCCAGUCGAUAAUGCCUGCAUUCAUCUUCUUACUGCCUUUCUCCGUUGGAAUAUAUGCCGCACAGUUACUUUCCCGUUGGCUCUGGGAUGUGUCUGCUCUGAAAUUUGCCAAGACUAGAAAGUGUGACGAGGCCUUUAUUUUGCUUUAUUUUACUUUCCAAAUAAUGAAAAUCUUUGGCCUGUGUGGGGAAGUCGAUGUCCUCUAAUAGUGUCUUAUAAUUGGCCAACAUCCAUUUAGCUAGAUUUGCUGCUUAUGUCUCUAAAGGGGUUUUGAUCCUAAAGGAGAGGUGGGAAGUGUCCCAUAUUCUUAGUGAUGCAUUCGUUAAAUAAGCAUGGGAUAUGUUUUAGUGUUUUCCUUAUUAUUCUGCUUGUUGUGAGCCUCACUUUUGUUUACCAAAUGAGCCAUGAAAUCUGGUGGCUGUUUCCUUAAGCUCAUUUUCUUGGUAUUUUAGUCAAUUUUACUAUAACACUAUUGUUGCAUUUUUGGUUGAACGGUGCCCUUUUUUUUCACUUCUCUCAAUUUUAUCUGUUUCUGGGUUCUUGGUGAGUUGCAUCAUAUCCACGGUGGUAUCUUCCAGAGCCUCCAUCCAUGGUUGAGAAUUCAGCAUAGCUUCUCUACGUGGUAUUAGGUUAACAUGUUACAGUUCACAGCCUAAUUAGGAAUCUGAACAUGCAUUUGAAUUGUAUUAAUAACGAAAAUACAUUUUGGCUAUGGGCGCUGCUAGUUCUAUGCAUAAUUUAUUCUUAAAACAUUCACUGGAACAAACUUUGGUUUUGCUAUAUUCCUACGUUCAUUAAACUAAUUUCCUUAUUUCAGGUUUCAGGGUCAUGAGGAGCAUAAAUACGCUCCUUCUUUGACAAAGAAUGCAAUUUCUCCAAUAUAGUCUCACUUUUAAAGAUUUUUUUCUUCCUUUGGGGAUGCUCCAUUUCAUUCUUCAUCCCCUUUUCCUUGCUGCCUGCCUCAUCUCUACCCAGCACAUGCCUGUGUUCAGAUCUGGAAAGCCAGCUCACAUGAUGUCAUAUGUACAAUUUUGAAAGAAUGCAGCAGGGCAAAUUAGGUGUUCAUGUUGUCUUGGAGAUGAUUCAGAAAAUGGACUGGGCAUAAAUAAGCUUGGUUUUGAAUUAUAAACAGUCUUUCUUCUUAUAGGUUUCAUAAUGAAGGGUUCAUAUUGCUCUUAGUUAGCACCUCCAUGGUUUUAGAGAUCUGUAAUGAUAGCUUUAAAGCAAUGAGAGCCUCUAGUUAAUGCUUUUUGACAUAAAAGAGAAGACACUUGAAUGAUCUUAAGUUGACAGUUGUUUUUACCGGAAGGCAUAUAGACAGCAACUAUACAUACUAUUCACCCACGUCUCAUACCAAAGCCACACCUUUGGCUCUAUUGUUUGAAUGGCAUAUUUUGGUAGGACCUGCUGCUUUGAAAUCUUCCUGUCAGUUUUCCUUCUUAGUCCCUAAUUACUCACUGUAGGAAUUUAAUGCCGCCUGUAAAACCAUCUCAGCCUUCAGGCCUAACAUUUUCCACCAGUGCUUAUCCUAUUGAGUUAUAUGGUUAGAUCUUUAGCUGCCCUUGUUCCCUGUUGUAAAAUAAUCCAUUCUCUGUAGGAAAAGCUCUGGAAUUUCCUUAUCUCUGGUUGAAAUUACUUCUGCUUGUAAACUCAACUGAGAUUCUCCUUGAUAGCUCUUUGUUUAGUUUUGUUUGAAGGGGGAAUUUUUCAAAAAAAAAAAAAAAAGUUAGUUUGUGGUUGUUCCUACAUUCUCAUGUGCUUAUUGCCUUGUUUAUGCUAAUGCUUCUUAAGCAUUUAACUCUUCCCCCACAUGUGGCUAUACUAAUGCAAAACAGGAUGUGUUACAAAAAAUACUAUAUUCCGAUAACUUCUUAAAGGCCCCCAUUGCAAUGAAAUGGUGAUAAAUACUAUUGUUUGCAUUCCAUUCACCACAUUCGGAGGGGGGGCAGAAAUUUGUUAAAUUACUCUUAUUAAUAUAGUAGUUGUUGAACCCUUGCCAUUCUAACCACAGAUCUGGACUGGAGCUCCUGUGUAACUCUUCUUUUCCUUCCUGUAUAAUUUUUUUUACCCUCUAUUGUGGAUUCUCUUGCAUUUUAAGGAUGGAUUUAAACUUUCAAUAAAAAUUUAGGGGAGAGAAAAUGCACAAACAAAUUCUUAUCUGCGAACAUUGAUCUAAGCAGUAAAAUAUCCAGGUAGUCUUGAUGCCAUUUGGAAAGAGGUCCUGUCUUUCUUCAUUUUUCUAGGAACCAUGGGCCUUAAAUGCAAGGUGUGGGCCAUGAGUUUAUAGAACAAUCAUCCUAUUCUGGUUGGCUAUGUCAUCUGGGAUUUCUGGACACUCUAAUCCCAACUUCUCUGGAGGUUGUUAGGAGUAAUUCUGGAAGAGCAAGAGCUUCUUAUUUCCUUUUGAGCAUAAAAUAGAAGUUGGUUAACAAUCUUGUAGAUUUAAGCAACAUUGGCACCAUUGCAAGACAAAAUGAAAUGCUCAGACCUAUGUCUGGCAAUCUGAUUUUUCAUUGAACAGUCACAGCUUUCCUCAGUUUUGAUAUCUGCUACAAAUAAGAGCAAGCUUUUGUGUCCAGAAAAUAUACCCCAAGAAGUUUUUCUGGAAAAGCAUUCUUUUUUUUUUAAUGUGCCUUGUUGCUCACUUCAGUUUUACAUGAAUUUUAUUUAGAUUAGCCAUGUUAAUAGAUUUUGUUGGGUAACGAGGCUUGUCUGUUUUGAGAAUUGUUUUCCUUUUCUUUUAAGUUCUGAAAAGCUGAUUUUCAGUUAAUAAAAUAUGCUCAUGAUCUUCAAAAAUGCUACACAGAGAGAAUUUGGCAUUUUGUUAUUAAAUUGGUACAAUUAAGAGCUUCUUGAAAGAUUAAGGUAAUUUCUCAUGCCAGCUUCAUUGGAUUGUUUAAUGAUCCACGUUCUCACUCUAAUUUCAUCAAAACCAGGUUUCAAACAUUUUUUAAAAAGAAAAGGGAACAUCGGCUUCAGAAUUAUAUAGUUAUAAAAAAAACAGGAGACAUGUCAAUGUAAAACACAUUUUUUUUCAUGAUUUGUUACAAUCACUACUUUUGGCCCUUGGUUUUUGUGUAGAAAUGCCAAGUACUAUCUGAAAACUUCCAAAGACUUGCAAUAGCUAAGAAACAAAGAGUACAGCAAAUAGAUGUACCAUUAAAUACCAAUUUUUUUAAUGUGGGGAAGGAUUAAAGAUUGCUGGGAAUAUAUACACAUCCGUGUUCAUCAGUAGUAUUAAACAUUUGUUUCUUUUAUCUAUCAGUUCUAGUAUUCUGUCAGGAAAAUUUAUGUAUCUGAACAUAAAAUAAUCUUCUAAUCUCGUGAGUAAAUCGCCAUAGCAUAGAAUCCUGGAGUGACCUUAUCAAAUGGAAAUAGGAUACAUUUUUCUCACAGUUGUUGGAAUAGAAGUGAAAGUAUAGAUUUCUGCAUAUUUAAUACAUUCUCCUUUGGAAAAGGUGACAGAGCAGAGAAAUCAGGCAGUGGGUGGUUUGGGGCUGCCAAAUUUACCAAGACAAAUUCUUCUCUUGCCAAACACUCAGUCUUUAUCAGUGCAACCGGUGCUGCUUUUGUAAUAAAACGUUUUUUACUUUUUUCCAUUUAUAAAGGAAACUGUUACCUUCUGAACAAAAUGGCUGUCGACAUUUUUUUAAAAAAAAGGAUAAAAGCAUUUCCGAACUUUUUAGUGUCAAAGCGUAAACAUAAGAAUACUGAUUUUUCCAGUGCGUGUGGUGAGUGCUGUAACCCUGUCAUCAUUGGUAUUCUUGGAUCUUUCAGGGUUUUUUAAUUUUAUUUUUCUGUUUUGUUCUCUGCUUGUCAAUUUACUGUCUGUGUGGUCCUCUGGCUGGGACAGUUACUGACUGUGUGUCUAUUGUCCGACUUUAAAUAAAAAAGGUAGAGUAGAAAUUGAAAAGUUGUACUUUAAAAAAAAUAUAAACACUAAAUGUAUUGUGCAAAGGAAUUCAAAUAUGAAUAGGCAAAGUUGUGAACUCCUCCUUACAAUUGUCUUAGGUGGUUCCCAAUCUUGUUAAUUUUAAGACACAUGGACUUCAACUCCCAGAAUUCCCCAGCCAGCAUGACUAGUUGGGGAAUUCUGGAAGUUGAAAGUCCACAGGUCUUAAAGUUGGCAAGAUUGGGAAACUCUGGUCUAAGGAAACAGAUAUUUUAGGUUUAAGUUACCUUUUAGUUGCCUUUGUCAAACUUGAGGAAGACCAAACCAGUGUGGCCUUCAUAGGAACAUCACUAACCCUUGAUUUCCUCAUAUCACUAUGGUAAUAAAUCCCUUUACAGAGAAACAUCAGUCCUGCAAUUGUGGGGCAUUUUUUUUUGAAGUUUCCUAGUUUUUUUAGUAAUGCAAAUUUAAAUUGAAGGGAUGCAUGGAAGUUGACAUUCAUACUCUGAAUUUUUUUUAUACAUAAGUUAUAUUUCCAAUGCCUCUGCCAAGAGUUCCAUUGUUUCUUUGAAAAUAUAAUCUUAAAGGGCUUGCCAUUGUGGUAGAAGAUUUCUACUACUGCUCCAUGGUUUGGCUAACAUAAAUAUGCAUAGCAUAAUUAGAUUUAUUAUUGCUGCUAAUCAUAUCUUACAAAACAUGAAUGUACUUUCAAACAUUUAAACCUGGUUUGUUUGGGGAAUUCCUAUUACCUUUUCCAUUUGAAAUAACCAGUGUUUCAGCAGAGAUGUAUCUGAUUUACUAUCAAGUGUUCCUGCCAGAAUAAGAACACUGAAUUUAUUGCAGAUGGUUUGUAAUUUCACCCUUGGGACAUUCUUAUUAAUGCUGCAUCUUAAAGAUUUGAGCCGAGUUUAAUUCAUAAUUGCCUUUAGUUUUUUCCAUCUGUUUUUGGCUUAGAUGAAGUAAUGCAUCUUUCAGGCAUUCACCAAAUAAAUUAGAAUUCAUUGUGAGCAUCUCCUUAAAUACAAACAGCUCAUAAGCUUGAUGUACCUAUAUUAGCAACCAAAUUAUUGAUGGCUUGUACAUACCAUUUUAAAGAUAUGAUCACAUUGGUUCAAGUGAAUGAGAUGCUCCUAUAACCCGAAAUGCAUGCUGUUAAUUCAUCCCUGCCAAAAUAGUUGGUUAUUUUCAUCCGUCUUAGUUCAUGAUAAACUCAGAACACUAAGUUCUGUUUUAUCACAGUAAUCAUGAAGACAGCAUUUAGACUGCCAUAGGGGUGAAAAAUUGUGGGAUAGCUCCCCAAAGUUGAUAUACUGCAGGUGGGUAUAGUAAAGAUAGGAUAUUGUUUUUUUUUUUUUUUUUGUCUACUUGGAAAGUGAUGUGUUGCACUUUAAUAGAGGAGGAGACAACUUUUGCAUAUAUAGUCUGACAUACGUUGAGUUCCUUUUGGAAGGACUAGCAGUGGGAGAUAAUAGAUGUCUGUAAUACAAGUGCAUAUGCUGCCUUCAACAUAUAUGUGUUUAAUUGAUGGAGUCAUGUUACUGACAAGAUAAUGACUUGCAAAGAAAUUGUGUUAUAUAUAUAUUCAACUCUGCCUUGAUAAUAUAAACAUUUUGUUCA